UUUUUUUGUUUGUUAAUAUAAAGUGGCCCCAACUUACAGAGAAAAAGUGGGCUUUUGGUAUCAGUUUGAUGUCAGGGUUUUUCCAUGUUUGAGAGGGAGCUUUAAAUACCACUCGAUUUGAAGGUGUCUUCAGGCGAGCUCCAGUCCUCUGUCAAGAUGCUUCUGGCCACAGUCCUUACCUCUGCCCUGCUCCUGUGCUCCGUGGCAGGCCGGGGGUGUCCAACCUCCACGGGGAUCGUCAUGGACAUCAACUUCCUCAUCAGCAAGAUGCAGGAAGAUGCAGCUUCGAAGUGCCACUGCAGUGCUAAUGUGACCAGUUGUCUCUGUCUGCCCAUUCCUUCUGACAACUGCCCUGGACCAUGCUUCAGGGAGGGACUGUCUCAGAUGACCAAUACCACAGUGCAAACAAGAUACCCACUGAUUUUCAAUCGGGUGAAAAAAUCGGUUGAAGUACUAAAGAACAACAAGUGUCCCAAUUUUUCCUGUGAACAGCCAUGCAACCAAACCAUGGCAGGCAACACGCUGACAUUUCUGAAGAGUCUCCUGGAAGUUUUCCAGAAAGAAAAGAUGAGAGGGAUGGGAGGCAAAAUAUGAAGAUGAAAUAUUAUUUAUCCUAUUUAUUAAAUUUAAAAUGCUUUCUCUUUAAGUUGCUACAAUU